CAUGGCGCCGUGCACGGUUACAGGGCUGUGCUGUUAUACACCCCGUUUCUAGCUAGCCUGAGACGCACACAACCUAACCAUGGAGACAGAAGAGGAGCAACACACGACGACCCUCCUCUGCAUGGGUUUCCCAGAUCCUGUGGCUAUACGCAAGGCGCUACGCCUGGCGAAAAACGACAUCAACGAGGCUGUGGCGCUCCUGACCAACGAAAGCCCCGGGCUUGGGUAUGGAUAUGAGCCGAUGGAGAGUGGCCCUGCCCCGGGCCCAUGCGGAGAAGGGGAGACCACCGGGCGGACUGGGACUGGAGGGUUCGACCCACCUCCCGCUUACCACGAUGUGGUGGAGAGCGAGAGGAAUAAUGAUGAGAAUGGGAACUGUUCUGGGAGCAGUAUGGAGUUCCCCACCACUAACCUGUAUGAACUGGAGAGCAGAGUGUUCACUGACCACUGGUCCAUCCCCUACAAGAGAGAGGAGUCACUGGGCAAAUGUCUGGUCGCAGCCACCUGCCUAGCCAAACACGGUCUGGCAGAUGCAGAUGAGAACUGUAAGCGGUUUAUGGACCGGUGUAUGCACGAGGCCUUUAAGAAGCUCCUGACCAGUAGUGCGGUCCAUAAGUGGGGGACAGAGAUCCAUGAGGGGAUCUAUAACAUGUUGAUGUUACUGGUGGAACUGGUGGCUGAGAGGGUCAAACAGGAACCCAUACCUGUUGGGCUAAUGGGAGUACUGGCUAUGGCCUUUAACCCAGACAAUGAGUACCACUUUAAGAACCGUAUGAAGGCGUGUCAGAGGAACUGGAGCGAGGUGUUUGGAGAGGAAGCCAUGUUCGCUGUUUCGCCUAGCAACAACUACCAGAAGGAGCCUCAUGGCUGGCUGGUAGACUUGGUCAAUCUGUUUGGAGAGAUGGGAGGGUUCACUGCUAUCCAGGCUAAACUCAAUACAGAGGAGAUAGAGAUCGGGUGUGUGUCUGCUCUGGUCCAGCCUCUAGCUGUGUGUGCAGAAUACCUCAACUCCAGCCUUGUGCAGCCCAUGUUGGAUCCUGUUAUCCAUAAGAUGAUCACCUACGUUCAGAACCUUGAGGAGAAAGAUCUCAAAGACAAGAGGCUGGUGAGCAUCCCAGAGCUGCUGUCGGCCAUCAAGCUGCUGUGUAUGAGGUUCCAGACCGCCCUGGUAACUGUUGUGGACGACCUGCUCCUGGACACUCUGCUACGCAUGUUGAAGACUCCUCACUUUUCCACCAAAAUGAACUCCCUCAAAGAGGUGACUAAGCUGAUUGAGGAGAGUACUGUGUCUAAGACUGUGAAGAAUGCCAUUGACACAGACAGACUGCUGGACUGGCUGGUGGAAAACUCUGUCCUCUCAAUAGCACUGGAGGGUAACAUAGACCAGGCCCAGUAUUGUGAUCGAAUAAAAGGCAUCAUUGAGUUGCUGGGCAGUAAACUGUCUCUGGACGAGCUCUCCAAGAUCUGGAUGAUACAGGCAGGACAGUCGUCCACGGUGAUUGAGAACAUCCACACCAUCAUGGCUGCAGCUGCCGUCAAGUUCAACUUCGAGCAGCUCAGCCACCUGUUUGUCCUUAUACAGAAGAGCUGGGAGGUAGAGAGUGACCGUGUGAGGCAGAAGCUGCUCAGUCUGAUCGGGAGGAUUGGUAGAGAAGCCCGCUCUGAGGCCACCACAGGGAAGGUGCUGGAGGUGCUGUGGGAGCUAGCCCACCUGCCAACCCUGCCCACCUCCCUGGUACAGCAGGCGUCUGAGGAACACCUGGCCAUCCUCACUGAUGCAUACGCUGUGAAGGAGACUGUCAAACGCUGCUACAUCAUCAAAUGUAUAGAGGACAUUAAGAAGUCUUCUCAACAGGGCAGUCCCCAGGCGGUCUGGGUGGUUCCAGCUCUGCGGCAGCUCCAUGAGAUCACACGCUCCUUCAUCAAACAGACCUACCAGAAACAGGACAAGAGCAUCAUCCAGGACUUGAAGAAGAACUUUGAGAUCGUCAAACUGAUUACAGGAUCUCUGGUGGUCUGCCAUCGACUAGCGGUGUCUGCCGCUGGGAACAACGGACUGACCGGACACACACUAGUGGAUGGACGAUACACCUACCAGGAGUAUCUAGAUGGCCACCUGAGGUUCCUGGCCUUCUUCCUCCAGGAGGCAAGCCUCUACCUGGUCUGGAACAGAGCCAAAGAACUAUGGGACUGCCUGGUCUCUGGACCCGAAGUCUGCGAGCUGGACAGAGAGAUGUGUUUUGAGUGGUUCACUAAGGGCCAGCAUGAUCUGGAGAGUGAUGUUCAGCAGCAGCUCUUCAAAGAGAAGAUCCUCAAACUGGAGCCCUACGAGAUUACUAUGAAUGGCUUUAAUCUGUUUAAGACCUUCUUUGAGAAUGUCAACCUGUGUGACCAUCGCUUGAAACGGCAGGGGACUCAACUGUGUGUGGAGCGGCUAGACCUGGCUGGGAUGGACUUUAUCUGGCGCAUCGCCAUGGAAACGCCUGAUGAGGAGAUCGCUAACGAGGCCAUACAGCUAAUCAUCACAUACAGCUACACCAACCUCAACCCCAAGAUGAAGAAGGAUUCUGUGUCUUUACACAAGAAGUUCAUUGCUGAUUGUUACAAACGACUGGAGGCGGCCAGUUCAGCUCUAGGAGGGCCCACGUUGACUCAUGCUGUUACCAGGGCAACCAAGAUGCUGACCGCCACCACCAUGCCGACUGUAGCCACGUCUGUCCAAUCACCUUCCAGGUCCACCAAGCUGGUGAUCAUUGAGAGGCUGCUGCUAUUGGCUGAGCGUUAUGUCAUCACUAUCGAGGACCUGUAUUCUGUGCCUCGUACCAUUCUACCUCACGGAGCGUCGUUCAAUGGCCACCCUGUCUCUCUGCAUGUCACCUAUGAGUCCACCAAAGACACCUUCACCUUGGAGGCCCACAGUAACGAGACUAUAGGCAGCAUCCGCUGGAAGAUUGCUGAGCAUCUCAACUGUCCAGUCGACAACGUUCAGAUCUUUGCCAACGACAGCGUGUUGACUAUGAACCGGGACCAGAAGCUGCUGUCCCAGCUGGGGUUCAAUGAUGAGCAGUCUCUGACAGUGAAGAGCUCUGGCACAGGGACACCCUCUGGUGGCAGCUCAGAGUCCUCCGUCUCCGCUUCCUCCUCCAGCUCCGCUGUCUUCAACUCAGCCUAUGCUAUGGAACAGGAGAAGUCCCUUCCAGGUGUUGUCAUGGCGUUGGUGUGUAAUGUGUUUGAGAUGCUCUACCAGCUGGCCAACCUGGACGAACCACGGAUAACUCUGCGUGUACGUAAGCUGCUGCUGCUGAUCCCAACAGACCCAGAGGUUCAGGAUGCUCUAGAUAACUUUGUUCCCAAAGAGUCCAGUGUCUGGAGUCACCAGAAGACAUUGUUCACCCUGGGUCAGGGGUCAGGCUCUCGGUCUCCGUCUCUGGGUUCUAAGCAACAGCACCAGCCCAGUGCUGCCUCCAUCUUGGAAUCACUCUUCAGAUCCUCUGCUCCUGGGAUGUCCACCUUCAGAGUCCUCUACAACCUGGAGGUGUUGAGUUCUAAGUUGAUGCCGACCUCGGAUGAUGAGAUGGCUAAGACCAGUGUCAAGUCUUUCUGUGAGAACUUCCUGAAAGCAGGAGGACUCAGUUUGGUGGUGAACGUGAUGCAGCGGGACUCUAUUCCCUCUGAGGUGGACUAUGAGACCAGACAGGGAGUCUACUCCAUCUGUCUACAACUGGCCAGGUUCUUAUUGGUUGGCCAAAGUAUGCCGUCGUUGCUGGAUGAUGAUGUCAUUCGAGAGGGCGACACGCUAUCUAGUCGGCCAUUCCGUAACGCAGGGCGACCCGGGAGACAGCUGUCGCUGUGUGGAACGCCUGAGAAGAGCUCCUAUAGACAGAUGUCUCUGUCUGAACGCUCCUCCAUCAGAGUAGAGGAGAUCAUCCCUGCUGCACGUGUAGCUAUACAGACGAUGGAGGUGGGGGACUUCACCUCGACGGUGGCGUGUUUCAUGCGUCUAACCUGGGCAGCAGCCGCCGGCCGAUUGGAUCUCGUCGGCAGUCCUCAGCCAAUCAGACCUGAACACAGCUCACUCCUCCCCCUCGUGGUCCGCAGCCGUGUCAGCAGCACUGGAAGUAACUGCAGCUCCAGCAGUGAGGGCGAGGCGCCGCCCACUGCGUUGCAUGCUGGGAUAUGUGUGAAGCAGCAGAGUGUUUCAAUUAAAGACUGCAUCAUUGCUAGAGAGGCCCUGUCUCUACUGGUCACCUGCCUACAGCUACGGACACAGCAGCUAGGGUCAUUCUACAACCUCCCCUGUGUCAGCGACUUCAUCAUCGACAUCCUGCUGGGAUCAGCCAGUGGAGAGAUCCGGCGCGUGGCGUGUGACCAGCUGUACACUCUGAGCCAAUCAGACACGUCUGCGUUCCCUGAGAUCAUCAAGCCCAACGUGUUCCUGCUGCGAGUCGUCCUCACCUCCCAGCUGCCCCUCUGGAGCCCCACGUCUGUCAUGAGAGGAGUCAACCAGAGGUUGCUGUCUCAGUGUACUGAAUACUUUGAACUGCGAUGUCAACUACUGGAUGACCUGACCAGUUCAGAGAUGGAGGUGUUGUCAGUGAGUGCGGCAGCCAUGUUGGAAGAUGAGAUCAGCUGGUUGGAUAACUUUGAGCCCAGCUGGAGCUCUGAGAUGGAGACCAGUGAGGCUGACAACAUCCUGCAGGCUGGACACCUCCGCCUCAUCAAAACACUACUGUCACUCUGUGGCACCGAGAAGGAACACCUGGGUCCCUCUCUGAUCCAGCAGCUGUUGGAUGACUUCCUGUUCCGAGCGUCCCGCAUCAUCCUGAACACGUCUGACCCCGCCUCUAGCUCCCCCCCCAGCCACGACUUCCACCCCAAGUGCAGCACGGCCAGCAGCAGAUUGGCAGCCUACGAGGUGCUGGUGAUGCUGGCAGACAGCUCUGUGGCCAACCUACAGCUUAUCACCAGAGAACUGCUGUCCAUGCACCACCAGUCAGACCCCUCGCUCAGCAAGGAGUUUGACUUCCUCCCGCCGGUGGACAGUUGUUCUGUGUCAGGGUUCGUAGGGUUAAAGAACGGUGGAGCCACCUGCUAUAUGAAUGCUGUAUUCCAGCAGCUGUACAUGCAGCCUGGCCUGGCUGAGGCCUUUCUGUCUAUAGAGGACGACACGGAGCAGCCAGACGAGAGUGUUUUCUGUCAGGUCCAGUCUCUGUUCGGACACCUGAUGGAGAGCAAGCUGCAGUACUACGUCCCUGAGAACUUCUGGAAGAUCUUUAAGAUGUGGAAUAAGGAGCUGUAUGUACGGGAGCAGCAGGAUGCCUAUGAGUUCUUCACUUCACUGGUGGACCAGUUGGACGAGCACCUCAAGAAAAUCGGCCGUGAGCAGAUCUUCAAGAAUACUUUCCAGGGAAUCUUCUCUGAUCAGAAGAUCUGCAAAGACUGCCCUCACCGGUAUGAGCGAGAGGAGACGUUUAUGGCGCUGAACCUGGGUGUGACUUCUUGUCAGAGUCUGGAGAUCUCAUUGGACCAGUUUGUCAGGGGGGAGGUGCUAGAAGGAACCAACGCCUACUACUGCGAAAAGUGCAAGGAGAAGCGUACCACAGUGAAGCGGACCUGCAUAAAGUCCCUACCCAGUGUUCUCUGUAUCCAUCUGAUGCGCUUCGGUUUCGACUGGGAGAGCGGACGCUCCAUCAAAUAUGACGAGCAGAUCAGGUUUCCCUGGGUGCUGAACAUGGAGCCCUACACAGUGUCUGGCAUGGCUCGUCAGGAUGGGGGUGCGGAGGGGGGAGACGGCCGGGGCGAGGCAGGGGGCUCACCCAGGAAGAAGGUGACCAUCUCAGAGAACUACGAACUGGUGGGAGUUGUAGUCCACAGUGGACAGGCACACGCUGGACACUACUACUCCUUCAUCAAGGACAGACGUGCUAGGGGAAGGUGGUAUAAGUUUAAUGACAACGUGGUCGAGGAGUUUGAUAUGAAUGACGAGACUCUGGAGUACGAGUGCUUUGGAGGAGAGUACCGGCCUAAAGUCUACGACCAGUCUAACCCCUACCCUGACGUGCGGCGGCGGUAUUGGAACGCCUACAUGUUGUUCUACCAGAGGAUCAGUGACCAGAACUCUCCUGUUCUCCCCAAGAAGAGCAGAGUCAGCGCCAUGAGGCAAGAAGCAGAAGACCUCACACUUUCGGCACCCUCUAGCCCAGAUGUCAGUCCCCAGUCGUCCCCUCGGCCCCCUAGGGCCAACAAUGACCGUCUCUCUGUCCUGACCCGCCUCGUACGGAAGGGAGAGAAGAAAGGACUGUUUGUGGAGAAGAUGCCUGCUAGGAUCUACCAGAUGGUGAGAGAUGAGAACCUGAAGUUUAUGAAGAACAGAGAUGUGUACAACAGCGACUACUUCAACUUCACUCUGUCACUGGCCUCCGUCAACGCGACAAAGCUGAAGCACCCAGCCUACCAGGCCAUGGCCAGAGAGAGUCUCCAGUUGGCGGUCCACUUCCUGUUCCACACCUACCUCCACACCAAGAAGAAGCUGCGGGUGGACACCGAGGAGUGGAUGGCUACGGUGGAGGUGCUGCUGUCUAAAAGCAGUGAAGCCUGUCACUGGAUGGCUCAAUACCUGGUGGGACCUGAGGGACGAGAGAUCACCAAGGUGUGUCUGUUGGAGUGCGGGGUGAGGGAGGUCAGGGUCGUAGUGGCAGCCAUCUUGGAGAAAACCUUAGAGAGUGCGCUCCACUUCACUGACUCUGGAUUGGACAGCCUGACCGAUGCGCUCCUCUCCCUAUUGGACAAAGACGUUCCUGAGAACGUCAAACACUGCAACCAAUACUUCAGCCUCUUCAGCAACUUUGCUCAGAGGGGCUCUGGUCCGUGCCAGUUGUUGUUGAAACACUCAGCGUAUCGCAGGAUGCUCAUCUUCCUCCUCGGGCCCAACAGACAGAACAACCAGAAUCGGAGGUGGAGUCCAGCCCAGGCCAGAGAGUUCCUGCACCUGCACUCCACUCUGGCCCUGAUGACUCUCCACUCAGACCUCAACACACAGCACACACAUGAUCAAGGUGUCUGUAAGCUGAAUGUAAGCAGUGUCCCUGCUUCCUCCACCCUCCUCCAGCUCAACGCUGACAUCAUGGCCUCGCUCUUCACCCACGAGGGACAGCCUUACCUGCUGGAGGUGAUGUUUGCCGUGCGGGAGUUGUCCGGCCCUCUGACUGUGCUGAUAGAGAUGGUGACGUACUGCUCCUUCUGUAACGAACCCUUCUCCCUGGGAGUACUACAGCUGCUCAAGACUCAGUUGGAGACCGCUCCGCCCCAUGAGCUGAAGAACGUGUUCCAGCUGCUGCAGGAGCUGCUGGUGGUGGAGGAUCCUCUUCAGACUCAGAGACUGAAGUACGCCUUCGAGUCAGAGAAAGGCCUGCUAGCAUUGAUGCACCAGAGUAACAAUGUGGACAGCAGCCGCUGCUAUCAGUGUGUCAAGUUCCUGGUUACCCUGGCACAGAAGUGUGUUCCUGCUAAGGACUAUUUUAAAGAUCUGUCUGGUCACUGGAGCUGGGCAGUGCAAUGGCUGCAGAAAAAGAUGUCGGAACACUACUGGACUCCUCAGAGCAACGUGUCCAAUGAGACGUCCACAGCCAAAACAUUCCAGCGCACCAUCUCAGCCCAGGACACGCUGGCCUACGCCACUGCACUGCUCAACGAGAAGGAGCCGUCUGGCAGCAGCAACGGCUCUGACGGCAGCCCAGCCAACGAGAACGCCGACCGCAGCCUCCGACAGGGUUCCGAGUCUCCCAUGAUGCUUGGUGAUUCAAAGAGUGAUCUGGAGGAUGUUGACCCUUAGGAGGAUCUAUCAGACACAAUCCCUACAAUGGCAAGACCGCACGGCUCCAUACAGCCAAUCAAAGACUGCUUUUCACCUCUGAUUGGCCAGAAUAUGGAGGGAGGGGCCCGCUUCAGCCAAUCAGAACACUUAUUCUCCUGGUUGCUGGGGCAACAAAGGAUGCGUGAAUAAUCAUGUGUCUUUCUGCCAGACCAGACUAAUGGAAUCAGAGCUGGAGGAGAGUUUAGAGACCUGACUAAUGGAUUACAAAGCAGUUUGUUCUCUUCCUGGGAGUCUGAAAUGUCACCUAGUGGAGACUGGUGGGAGGAGUUAUAGGAGGAAGGGCUUAUUGUAAUUGCUGAAAUGGAAUGGAGUCAAACAUGUGAUUUCCAUAUGUUUGAUACCGUUCCAUAGAUUCCUUUCCAGCCAUUACAAUGAGCCCGUCCUCCUAUAGCUCCUCCCACCAGCCUCCACUGACGUCACCCUGUUGCUUAUAGUCCACUACUUUUGACCAAAGGUUCAGUGACAUAUGUAGUGCACUAUAUAUAAGCAGUAGGGUGUCUUCAGAUGUAGCCAGUAUUGUCUCACAAGGAAGGGAUGGGGUUGUUUGUUUUUUAAGUUGUUGCUCAUAUUUGCCUAUGUAACUAAAUAGACAUUCAUUAUUGUAAAGAGCUGUUCCAUAGCUGUAAUUUCAAAUGUAAGAUUUUUUUAAAGUGUCCUGUGCUCCACUCUGUAGAGGUGUGUAUGUGUGAGGCUGUGGUAUAAGGUAUAAACUGCUCUGGAGAAACUCAGACACACACACGUUUAACCGGGGUUUUUAAGUAUGCACUUUAUAGUCCACCCCAGUCUAUAGUGAAGUAGAGAAGCAGUGAUUAGGUCUGCUAGACCAGCUUAACCACCCUCCUCACACACCUCUUUUUAUCACAUCAAACUGAGUUGUCAGUGCUUUACACACACAGACACAGCUGAUACCUCCUCCAUAGAGAACACGUGCUCCUAUGGCUGUGUCUGUCACUCCGCUAACCACAGUGGUAUUUAUGGUAAUGCAGUCUAUGGAGGGUUCUAGAACACAAACGGAACCAAGCUGCACUCUCCUCCCUGUCCAGCUGAUGAACAGUGACUCACAGUGCUGGAUUUUAGUUUUUUUUUUGUUUCAUUUGUUUAUCAGUUGACAUCACUGUACUCAUGCCUUAUGCCACCACAGCUGCCCUUUGACACAGACACACACAAGACAGCAGAGGGUCAAUGUGCCAACCAGAGGAGAGAUCAGACGCAAGUUUAAUUUUGGGUGCCAAUGAAAUAUACUCUCCCUCUUAUAUACACACACACACAGCGUACCCUCUGUGCUUGAUCAUUACAUUAUCAUUAUUCAGGAACUUAUUUGCAAACUGGGUUUCUCUUUCUUUGCCUUUGUUUAUCUUUGCCAUUGGGACACACAGAGGGGGCAUGAUCUCUGACACCUAAACCCCUCUUAUUGACACCACAAAGUUCAAGGCUGACCACGGUACUGCAGGCAUUGUUUGCAAAAAACAGGAUCCCCAUUAUAGUGAAUGGGAAUAUGGCAAUCUUCAUGUAAUAAAAAAUGGAAGACAAUCAUGGUACCAAUAAUUGCUUCUAUUACACCAGAUGUAUGUCCUUGAACCGAUUAUUUUAAAAUUGUAUAGUAGCCUGCAAUACCCUGUUCUGCCUUCAACUUGAGAGUCGAUGAGGGGGCAGCACUGAGCUAGCCUGCAACGUAACUCAAACUGCACAUGUUAUGUCUACAUAAAUCUCCCACAUGAGACACCAUCUUAACGACUUCCUUGGCUUCAAAUGCGCUAUUGAAUCUUCACAUAGGAAUGAAUAGUGUCAUGUGAUCGAUUGCUUUGUCCAUUCAUAUAUAUAUAUAUAUAUAUAUAGUCAUUGCUCUGACAUCAAACAACCCCACUCUGACCACUAACCUCUUGACCUAACCCAACCCCUGGGAGAAUUCAAGUGCCUUCAUCUCCCAACUCCCCUCACCUCUCUCAUCCCUCCUCUCACCCCAAUCCCAUACCUGUCCACAGAUGACUUGCUAUAAUGAACUGUGUGUGAAUGUGUGACCAUGCUGCGUAUUGUCCUGGUCUCAGAAGACAGUGUCAGAUGUCAGAGUGGUCAGGUGUGCCAGUGACACAGCACUCCCCACUCACAGUGCAGAAUGUUGUUUGACCCUCAGCAGCACCUGUAGUCCUCCUCAACAGUACCAACUAAUCAAUAAUUUAUUUUUAUCUGUGUGAUAAGGGAGGGGUUAGGAAGGAGGGAAGGAAUGACAUGGAUCCAGGAUUUUAUUCUGUCAGUUUGUCUGCUUUGAGCAUUACUCCUGCUGAAGGCCAGUUUGCUGAGGCAGAACCCUGCAUGUUGAAUCCCAGUUUUCAUUUGUACAUCAGAGUUUGAUUAUGGGGAAAUUUGAUAUAAAAUAAACUGGAAUGCACAGCCUUUUGUA